AAUAGCAACAAUAGUCUCUUUUUCAGCCUGCAGGAGAGCUGCAUUAAAUUGCUUAUAGGUCAGGGGAGUGUGAGUGGGCGAAGGGGAACAGUGUACAAAUAGACUAUCAUAAGAAAGCGAAGUCAAAGAAAUUAGUUUAGCAUUCAGCGUGGAAAGUUUAGAAGAGACAUUUGCUAUUUUAAUAGAAGCAUGGAGCAAAGCGCUUUAUCUAACCCAGGCACAGCUCAGCCAGAGGUUUCACAGUGCAAGGAGUUGGAUCACAGAACAGAGGCUUCAGAAGAGACCAACAGCUCUGUGCCAUCCAGAGGUGAAAGUGAAGCUCCACAGGAUGAACUCACAGAUUUGGAUGGAACCAAGAUGGAACAGCGGGUGAAAUAUGUGGAAGACAAACUCAGGGAAAUGAAUGCUCGAUUUGAAGGCGCAGAGAAACGACUAGAGGUUUUGCAAGAACGGCUCAGUCAGGAAGCAGCAAGUGAGACUGAUUGCUGUGGUUCCAGAUCGCAGGAGGCCACCAACAAUAGUCAGUGCUUCGCUCAGAACCCUGGAUUGGAGCCUGUCUUGGCCAAUGCAAUGAGAAGCCAUAAAUUCUCUGAGAACCUGAAUGACCCUUGUCAAGAAGCAGAUGUGCUGGAAAUGUACAACAGGCUCAGGACACAUGAAUGGGAGAAAGCCAGAUGUGCUGCAAGUGGCUCUGCCUUCCCAAUGACAUAUGAAGAAGGUAGCACCAUAAUUAAGGCUGUGUUUUCCAUAUGUGAAGAAGAGCUGUCACAAAGACUGGAGCGAAUUUUUGAACUCCUUGAGAUUCCAGUUUCGAAGAAAUCCACAAGCCUCUUUGACAACAAACAGCUGCCCCCUGGGCUGGCAAGAGAGAUAAAGUAUCACCUUAAAAAUCUCUAUUUUAACUAUGGAGAAGACUUUUACCAAGCCAAGAGUAGGGAAGUCAACAGAGCCAUGUGAAGUCAAUAUAGAAGAGCACACUGGAAAAAACAAGUGAUGGGGGAGUGAUACUGCCCCUGACUAGAGACAAUGAACUUUGGGAGAUAUAGGGAGAAGACAAAAAGACACCCUUUUAUCCUGCACCUAGGAAGUAAAUGAAGAGUGGUUUACAUUUGUGAAAGCAGGAUCUCAACCAACCUUGGCUGAAACACUGCAGAAAAGGCUUUGGGUAAAAUAAACUUCUUUAGAAAGGGGUUUGGCUUGUGAAGUUAAGUUGAGUCUCUAGAAAGCAUGUAUUAAUUUUCUUGUAUAUGUAACCAUUCUGUUUCCAUUAGCCUUACUCACUAAUCAUUUGAAUCCUUGAAUCUCUGUUCUUUGUUAAUAUGCUUAGUCUUGUUUUUACUAUAAAUAUAUCUAAGUGCUGUGGUGUUAAGCAAAGCAGUAAUCCUGAGAUAAAUCAUUCAAGUUGGUAUGUGCACUGUCCUUUUGAGGACAGCAGCCCUGGUAUUUCUGUGAGUGUUCAGUGGAUAAGGUGCUGCACACUGCAGGGGAAUGCCUCAAAAGGGCUUGGGAACUGGGGUGCACCGAUUGCUAACCUUCAAGAUUUGGGUGGCUAAAAGGCUAUUGGUAUUAAGGAGCUGACACCCAGCAAAGCACAAGCAAGUUUCCCUCUCACGGGAGGCGGGGGAUGGGGGAAUAACAUGGUGACUCACAGUCCUAGGCUUUUGCAACAGAUCAGCCCUUUCAGUUACACAAACGCUACACACAGUAGGAGGCCUGGUUCUUUUAUUUGGUAGCAUCAUCUGCAUAGAAGACAUUGGAUUGCUUGUUCCUGGUUAAGACCACUGGGACUAAAAUGUUGCAUUCCUGCCCUUCCAUCAAUAACUACAAAUGAAUGGCCCUGAUCCAGCAAUCCUUUCUCAGGCAAAACUUUUAUUGACCUCAGUAGUAGUUUCGCCCAACUAUGUACAGCAGGACUGGGCCCCAGAUCAUUUAAGCACCGGACUUGCAAUGAAUGGUAAUGAUAAAGGGCCUGAAAAAAAUCAUCUAUCUGCUCCAAUCAGACAAUGAAGUCAGAGAGUCCUCUUCCCCUGCCUCCCCUCCCCCCCAAACGCUCUUCCUCCUAUGCAGGCUUCUCAGCAUGUGCUAAUAAGCUUGGAGAUCUGGCUUGGGAAGACAGUUUAUGAAAUCCAAUGCAAGGGAUUAGAUUAAAAUGACCAGUCUCACUUGUUUGUCUUGUUACUGAAGGACUGGCAAACGAUCGGAUUCCCUCUUAAUAUUCCUCAGUGGGUGCUCAGCUUCUCUGCACGCUCUCCGGGGGAAAUUCUUCAACAUCCACUUCCAGGAACUGAAAUACACCAUCCAGCUCCUUGUCAAAAUGCUUGCUAGUAGACAUGCAGCUUACAGAAGAUACAAUCCAGAUCUGAAUGGGCAAGGAAACAGUGGGAUGGGAAAGACCCAAGAUUUAAAUCUGGAUGGGGAUAGGCAUGGACAAACUGACCUGCAAACCACUAUAACAAACACCAUGUCUACUGCGGUGCCUGGAAGGUGGUGAGAACAGAUGGCUAUUAUGGUUUGGUUGCUCAUUUCUAUUCACCCUGUCACACCUUUCUGCUCCUGGAAUGCCAAACAUGAACACAAUAUUAUCCACUCAAACUGACCUAUUCACUUCUGCAUCUAACUUUGGACUCCCCAAGAUACCAAUCUUCAAACAAAUUAUCUAGCAUCUCAUCUUAGAAUUAUAAAACAGGACAAGAGUACAAUUUCCAAGCCAACAUAAUGUACUAUUUAAUAUGGUGUAACAUGCCUUGGUUAAUAAAACAUAAAAUGAAAAUAAAGAGGCUGAAGGUUAA